CUCGCUGAUCUCGCAGACGCGGGGCCACUUGGAAACGCAGGGUCACCUUCUGUCAUUGCAACGUUCCUGCUGCCGGAUUACUGCAUCCCGCGUCGGUGUUCCUAAUCCAAUUCAAGGUCAUAGUGGUCUGAACCUAUCCCGGCAGCAUCAGACACAAGGUUGGAACCCUGGAUGAGGUGAUCAUUCAUCACAGGGCACACUCAUGCAUGCAUUCAUCCAUUCACACAGGGUGGAAGCUGAGAGAUUUUGGGGGAUUACUACUUGGAGAGUCAGCAGGGUUUUAUUGAAUCCUGAGCCAGUCUGACAGCAUAAAGUGCAUGAAGAUCCCAACUUCAGAGCAGACCAUAGCACCCAGCCUCCAUUUCCACAUCCAGGAAAAUGUCAGGUUCUUACGAUGAAGCCACUGGCGGAGAUGAAAUCACAGACAGCUUCUGGGAGGUGGGCAACUACAAGCGAGCAGUGAAAAGGAUUGACGAUGGGCACAGACUUUGCAAUGACCUCAUGAACUGCAUCCAGGAGCGGGCCAAAAUUGAAAAGGCCUAUGGGCAGCAGCUGACUGACUGGUCAAAGAGAUGGAAGCAGCUUGUCGAGAAAGGUCCUCAGUAUGGCACCCUGGAGAAAGCCUGGAUUGCAAUGAUGACAGAAGCAGACAAAGUCAGUGAGCUGCAUCAAGAGGUAAAGAACGGGCUCCUCACCGAUGACUUGGAGAAGGUCAAGAACUGGCAGAAAGAUGCAUACCACAAGCAGAUGAUGGGAGGCUUCAAGGAAACUAAAGAGGCUGAGGACGGAUUCCGAAAAGCACAGAAGCCUUGGGCCAAGAAACUUAAAGAGAUGGAGGCAGCAAAGAAGACUUAUCACAUGGCAUGCAAAGAAGAGAAACUGGCUGCCCAGCGAGAGGCCAACAGCAAAGCAGAGGCCUCCGUCACCCCUGACCAACAGAAAAAACUGCAAGACAAGGUGGACAAGUGCAAGCAAGAUGUUCAGAAGGCAAAGGAGAAGUAUGAGAAGGCCCUCGAGGAGCUGAACAAGUGCACGCCGCAGUACAUCGAGAACAUGGAGCAAGUGUUUGACCAGUGUCAGCAGUUUGAGGAGAAGCGCCUCAACUUCCUGAAGGAGGUGCAGCUCGAUAUCAAGCGUCAUCUGAACCUCACAGAGAACCAAAGCUACUCAAGUGUCUACAGGGAAUUGGAGCAAACCAUCCGCACCGCCGAUGCUCAGGAAGACCUCAAGUGGUUCAACAACUUCCAUGGCCCAGGAAUGCACAUGAAUUGGCCUCAGUUUGAGGAAUAUAACCCUGACCUGACGCACACCAUCACUAAAAGAGAAAAAGUGAAGAAGCCCAAUGAGGGGGUGACCCUUACCAAUGUCACCCCUGGAGGAGAGCAUCUGGCACAGGCUGGUGACCGGGGCAGUGUGAGCAGUUAUGACAAAAACCAGGCAUAUUCAGCAGAGUGGUCCGACGAGGAGUCUGCCAACCCCUUCACAGGGAAUGAAACUAAUGGAGGAUCCAACCCCUUUGAUGAGGAGUCUUCUGCAAAUAAAGGAGUGAGAGUAAGGGCGCUCUAUGACUAUGAGGGGCAGGAGCAGGAUGAGCUGAGCUUCAAAGCAGGAGAUGAGCUGACCAAACUGGAGGAUGAGGAUGAGCAGGGCUGGUGCAAGGGUCGCCUGGACAAUGGCCAGCUUGGUUUGUACCCUGCCAACUAUGUGGAAUCCAUCUAGUUUUCCUGCCUUGUGGACCAGCAAUCUCGAUGCCCCCCCCCCCCCCCCCCCCCCCUCCAAUCCUAAACCACAUCUCCCACCCUGUCCUACCCCACACCCCAUUCUUACAGAGGCAGCUUGGACUGAACCAGCCAAUUGAACUGCAGCUCUGGUGUUGCUUGGUCUGAAGAGACAAACUACUGAAGUACUUCCCUCGCCAGAUUCCGCAGUGCUGUCUAGUGAAAGAUGUCCUUAGUUAAAAUACGAGAGGACCGUGAUGACCGCAUCUAAGGCACAUAAGAAGGACAACAAAAGGCAACGUUCUGGCUGGACUAUCCCACAAAGCAGUACAUGUGCUUUACAUCCUUGUUCGGUACUGGACUUUAGACCUCCAACCGUGCACAAGUGCAGGGAAUCAUUUUGCGUUUUUGUGUAGCUGUGCUCAGUAUGAAUUUUGUGCUGCAGAUAUGACAUAUGUGUAGCGGUAUGUUCUAUUCAAUGAGUAUUACAUAGCUAUCAAUUCUUGUGGAGCAGCCUGCGCUGCACAAGGAACACAUUCUGUAUAUUUGGUGCCGUUUGCGUAAUCCCAUCCUGCUGCACACACGUAUUGUGCGGCAGAGAGAUGUGCUACGCAAAAUGCUCUCUUUGUGUUUUGAUGACAUUCCUGUUGACGGUAUGUGCUAUACAACGUGUUGUUUCCCGUAUCUGACUCUAGUUGUCCAACAGCAUGCUCUCUCUGAUAUGCAUUUCAGUGACGCGCAGAAGACGCAACAUCAAUAACUGGUUACAAUGGCAUAGGUGUUUACAAUUUUAACCUCCCUCUCACCACCACCCAGAGACCAUUAUUCCGAUUCUAUAAGCAAGUAAGAAAAAAAGCCACUCUUCAUAUGUUUAUUUAUGUAUCUUUACAGCUCUUUAGAGAAUCAUUUGAAGCUUGUUGCCAUGAUAGAAAUGAAACCUUUCUUUAGAAACAUUUAUUUUUGCUAAAUCCAAUGCCCCCUUUUGCAUUUUGAUAUACUAGUUGAUGACUUUCAUUUAAUAAAGCUGCUCACUUUGGAUGGGGCUGUAGAAGGACAAGCUGAUUGAAGAAAUGGAGUUAGUUCAAGAUGGGGAGUGGGAGUCAUGUCAAACUUAUAUUGAGGUUGUUAAUGAAUGUUUCUGAUGGACAGUGUGGCCUAGUGUCUCGUGCUUCAAAGCCUCACCAGAGCAAAACCAUGUGCGGCCUGUGGGGUCCUUGGAGGAAAGUAGCUUGGUAGAGAACAUAGUCAAUCAAGCUUUAUUUGAUUCUGAAACUUUCUUAGUAACGUAAGUGCAAUGGAUUUACAAAGCAAUUACAAACUUUGAUUUUACUGUUCAAUAUGUAGUUUUCCCUAGUCAAUUGGUUUUAGUUUUACUAAUGGAAUAAUUUUGGAUUCAGCUCUUCCGCGUCUUCAUAUAAGUAAAUGUGUAUACACACACUAUAUUAUAUAUAUAUAGUAUACAGCAUAUUUAUAUCAAUUUUUGAAAAUGCUUAAUCCCUUUCAUGGUUGUGACGCUAUCGGUCCUUCAUAAGGCGCAUUCAUGCAUAUCCCUACGCUCACUGCAACUGUGCAAAUAUGAUACUGUGAAUUAAUCUAACACACACGUCUUAUAAAUGCCUAUCAGAUGCGUACUGGAUGCCUCAAAAAGAUGCCCUAAUAUUUUUGUAACCCCUAAUAAGAUUUUUUUACUUGUUUGAUCCAGAAUAUUGUUUGCCAUUGGUGAAUACUUGCCAGUGCUGUGAUUGGCAACCAUAUGCUUCUCAAAACUGGGAACAAACUUAAAAACAGGUUCUAAGCUUAUAGUUGGAAUAGUCACGCUUAAAAUUCACAGUGAGGGUACAUUUAUAAUCUUCUGGUUGCACUUCAAUUUAAAUUAGGAAUACCGAUAAAUCCAUGCAUUCAUCCAUUUCCAGUACUUAUUUUGUGCAGUUUAGGGUUCUGGGGUGAAGUUCAGGCUAAUCCUGGCAGUCAAUCCUGAAAUGAGCACCAGAUAUGCUCUUAAUCAGGAUUUCAUAAACAAUUGCUCUUUUUAGUGUCUUCAAGACCCAUUCUUUUUUGAAUGUCCGCAUGGCUGUGGCUGUACAUUAUAACCGUCCCUAACAGAGAAUUGUGGACAGUCAGCUUGGGUUUGGAGUACAACUGAUAGAGAUAUGUCGAUUGCUUAAUUGGUGUGAGGCAAACCCAUCGUGACCCAUCACCUUUAAAUACAACAGAAACCCGCGACCCAACGGUGGCAGAACCCCUGUUCUAAAUUAAUGACAGCUUCAUUUUUUAACAAAACCGAAGUGUUGCCCUUAAUGGAAAGAGUAAAUAUGUACUCAGCUGGGAUAAUUGUCAUUCAGUUGGCUGCUGUUGACUGCAUUGCCUCAAAGCAAACUGUGCACAACUAAAAACACUUGUUAUGAUUCAUUGUGCUACCCAAGUCUGCUUUUGUGCACCCCAAGCAAAUAUCUCAACAGCUUACAUUACAUUUUAUUUAUUUGGCUGGCACCUUUAUCCAAGGCGACUUACAAUAUUUAUGAUACAACUGGUAACAUUUCUUUUGGUUUUCCAGUAGGAGCCCAGGCCAGUCAAGUGACCUGCUCAUGGUCACACAGUGUCAGUAGCUGGAUUUGAACCCACAACCUCAGGGUUUGAAGUCCAAAGCCUUAACCUCUACACCACACUGCCUGCCUCAGCUAUGAAAAUGAGUUUGGUUGUAUUUUAAAUACAAAUAUUUAUGUGGAGGUUGAGUGAUUGCAUUCCUUUUGAUGGACUGACACCUGUUUUGGUUCCUGCUUUGUGCCAGUUAUGUUGCACUAAGCAGAUUCUGGUGUCUUGCAAAGAGCCGGACUAACAGGAAAAUAUUAUUCAUCUAAAUGUUUGGGCUCAUUGCAAUGAAGUUACACAGGCUUGUGGCAAUUUGAAAAAUAUCAGAUUCCUUCCUAGUAGCCUGACUCACUGCCAAACACCUCGACUAAUUGCAAUGAGUCAGAUUUUUCAAUUCAAUUAUGAUAUAGAGUGUAUACUUACAUAAAUAUAUAUAUAUAUCUUACAUAUACUUGUAAGAUGUAUUUAUAUACCGUGUAUAUUUACACAAAUAAAUAAAUAUAUUUAUAUGCAUAUACUGUAUGUAUACAUAUACUUAUUUAUACACACACACACUCAAAUGGUUACUGUAUACUGUAUAUAUAUUAUAAUUUAGCAAUGGGACCACUAUCAAGUACAGAUUGGUACAGAUGAGGAAGUCUCCUGUCUUGCCCUGUAAACCAGUCCCAGAUAUAAUUGCAAUAGAACAUGUCUGGGAAAAUCCUUUAGACCUCACUCUUUAUGCACUAACGCCUCAGUGAUGGCUAGAGUAGCUGAAAUAAAAACAUUGGUUAAAAAAUGCAAAAACAGAUCAAACUGAAAGUACUGCUUUGCAUGCCUGUGUUUGCUUUGGACUCCAUACAAAUCAACUUCCCUUGUGACUUGUUGUGUUAUGGCCGAGCCCUGUCGAGGUGUUUGAAUUAUCCGUCUUGCCUUGCCACAGCUCAUAGACUUGGUUGCGCAUUAUCUGUGCCAGUCUAUCUGCUGUAAACUUUUUCUGUUCAAGUAGGUAAAGUGGGUUGAGUGGCAGGAGGCAAACGGUAAGGUGGUAUCAAAGCGCGGACCAUCAUCUCUCAGUCUUCAGGGAGGGGGGUUACACCCAUGCCUAUAGCUCUGAAAUGCUCCAGGCUCAGCUCAUAUAAUUUGGGACUCUUGCUUGCUUCAGAUUUAGUGCCCACUGGAAACUCAACCCUCACGCGCUUCCAGUAGAACUUUGCACAGUCUUCCACAGAAGAGGCAACAAUCACCUUACACAUCAGGGACAGCAGGUGGGUAAAUAAAUAAAGAAAUAAAUAAACAAAAAAAUUGAAAGUACAAGCCAAAGAAAAUUUAAACUGGUAUAAUUUAGUGUAAUGUGAGCUUGAGAUGCGGGAGGGGGGUUGUUGUGCAAAUUGUACAAUGAAUGUGUUAGUAUUGUAAAGGCCUGGGCAGUGCUGGGACUGAUUGUGGCCAUAUGACACUCUGUUCAGAGAUGUGCACAAGAAUGAGUGGAGCAGAAUACAUUUAACUUCAUGGAACUGCCUAAUUCAGAGCAAAGAGCACAGAGUUAAUAUAUUUUGUCUCUUAGAAAUGACAUGAGUUAGUAUGCCCAUCACAAGGCAACAUUAAUAGUAACUUGCACUCUGUUACAGUGAGUGGGACAAUGAAUAAAAGAAGCUAAAUCACAUUUUUUAUAGCACCUUCACAAUUACAUCGCUACACAGUUUGUGUGCUACCAGUAGAAGCCACACAGAGAUGAGGUUGCAGUUGUUGUUCUUGUGCUUUUCUGUGUACCACUAGGCCUCACUGCCAUUUUCAAUGAACUACAGUUAUCAAUACCUACAGAAGCACAGGAAAUCUGUCAGACACUCCACACUCAUGGGCCAUUCGAACCACCAUGGACAGACAGCCUUAGAUACCAGCAGGAUGGACCCUCUACUGCCUUGGGUGUAGGAGAAAAAGAAUAUGGCAAAAAUUGACAGGCAAACAUACCAAGCAAAUCAUGAUAUAAUCUUUAUUUUAUGUAAUGUAUUUUAUUGUGCCCUAAAGAUCAACCUGGAUUAGGACCUGAGUGCAGCGGGUGCCACCUCAGCACCACACUGGAACACUGUGAGGUGUUUUAUAGUUGCUGGAGAGCCAAUCUUGCCACCAGGGAGAGAGGCUAAUACCAUGAUUUUGGAAUCAUUACUCAUAAAAAUAGAUAAAACAGACAAAAUAAAGGAAUUCAUAAAAUACUUGCAUUCCUCACAUUUACAUGCAUUCUUCACAUUAUUCACUGAAAACCGUUUAAAUUUAAAAAUAAAACGCUUCUGGAUAAGCUCAUAGAACACAGGAGGAUGACUAAGAGGAGGAUUCUUCUUCUGUAUAAGAAAAUCUUAUGAACUCCUCCAAUAAAUUGGACAAAGACUCCAUAAUAAUUUCCCCUUGGGAUUAAUAAAGUAUCUAUCUAUCUAUCUAUCUAUCUAUCUAUCUAUCUAUCUAUCUAUCUAUCUAUCUAUCUAUCUAUCUAUCUAUCUAUCUAUCUAUCUAUCUAUCUAUCUAUCUAUCUAUCUAUCUAUCUAUCUAUCUAAUGAAUCUGCAUACUCGCUUAUCCCAAAGUGUGAAUGGCGCGUCACAUGCUGGUUAUCUCUUCUGCAGCACUGAAUUCAUGUCCCAAAUAUCUGAAGGCUAACUUCAUAUGGGCUACCCAAUCCUAUCCUCUUGAUGUUCACCCCAUACUGGCCAGUAAGUCUCUGUUUCAGAGGAAUGAAGGUUGGCUUCGUACCUAAGAGUUGGCUUAAGAUCAUAAAUAGCUGGAGGACAAUUUUAUAUUGGCCAGUCAUUGGCUGCUGCAUAAUGGAGUCCCAGUGUCCUCUUCUGAACUGUUUUCAUAAGUAGUGGCUAACUCUAGGGACUGACUCCACAGAAGUCAUUUAACCUUUUCUGCUUGAGGCUGACUCCAUAUGGGCCAGCUAAUAUGUAAUGUAGGACUGAUAUAAGUAAAGUUUGGAGAACAAAUCCAUGGUAGCCAGUUAGUCUCCAGUAUUGAGCCAAUAUCACAAAAGGCCAAACAUCCAUCCACCAGUAUGACCAGUUUGACCCCACUGCUGGAAAGUCUGGUAGCAGAUUUCACAAUGGCUACUUCCGGAGUGCUGUCGUAAAUAACUGGUGGAGGGUGAUUGCCUACACUGUAAGUUUUCAGAGUAUUGUCAUGAAUAUAUGAUCAAUUUGCUUCUGCUGACAUAAUAUUACAGAAUAGUGGUUGCCAACUUGUAACUGAGUUCCGGGUCUCAUCUAGGACAUUGGUGUCACAAUGUGUAGAAGCAGAGUUUCCUGCAUGUGGUACUAGACAACUAACCUUGGACUGCUAUUAAUAAAUUAUCCAAGCCUAUCAAUGUCCAAUAACAUCCUCAUCACAAUGGGGUGUCAGAUGCCCACAGAUCUGCCCAUCUCAGCUGCAUCUUCUCCUCUAACUUUUCAUUUAACUGAAAAGCUAAUUUACCAUUUAACAGCAAAAGUAGGGUAAGAUGACCACUACCUUUGGUAAGGUGCCUAGCUUUUACAAAUGAAAGACGAGGAAGGGGGAUUGCCACUGUUUCUUGGCUCAUCCUUGUGCACAUACCUACUUUAUGCUUAGAGGUUCAGCCAGGCAUUGAAAGACCUGCUGCCAAGGCCAACUUCUAGGUGACAGAAAAAUGAAAAACUGAAGAUGCUGACAUGGUACUAAUAACACAAGAAGGCCAUACUAAAUAAUCAGGAUCCGAGACGCUUAUAUUGCGCAGAAGGGUAAGUGCUGUAACUCUCCCAAGUCGUUUUGUGCGUCACAGGCUUAGGUAGAAGAGGAUCACACUCUUCUUAUGCAGGCUCAUUUCAUCCAUGUAUCUAGCCUCACCAGAAACCUUAUGCUUUAUUCCAUCCAGACCUCCAAAAACCUUUGGGAUUAGAGCUUCACAAGCCAAGUCAGUCUGUUAUUUAUUCACAGCCGCUAUACAAAAUAACGAUGUUCCUAGGGCCAGCAAGAACAAAAGAAGUAGUGUCUUUAUUAUACAUAUAUAUAAAUAUAUACAUACAUACAAGAGAUAAAGCAAGCAAAUAGGUUCCAUAAUGUAUUUAAAUUAAUUUAUUUUAACUGCAAUCAAACUGUAAACCUGUAGGGGGCACUGUGAUGUCUACCCUUCAAUGAUUUGUAUAUGAUGAUGUAAUUUAAAGAUACUAUAUUAUAUUGUGUCUGUACUAUUGUGAUUAAAAUAACAUAAAAUGAAUGGGGCAGCAGAUUUUUUUUUACCCACCCAGGUGCUGGAGAAACAUCUUGUGAAAAUUAUUUUCCAUAGGUUGAAUGUUUAGAUGUAGAUGUUGUGACCUCGAUUUCUCUCUGGGUGCACUGCCUGUUCAGUAAUGAUUAAACAUAUUAACGAUUAUAUAUUUAAAAAAUGGAAAUGAGUCUGUCAUUGAAAUGUCUGAACCAUAACACUUAUGGUUGAAAAAUAAUAAUAAUUUGUGAAAAUC